GGUACCUCGCAUUCAUCACGCAGACUCUUCCUGAAAUGCUGGACGAUGUACCACUUGCAGGUAGACCUCGGUGGUUCCAGCAGGAUGGAGCACUCCCUCACUGUGCUCGAGACGUCACCGCCUUUUUAAAUGCUCAGUUCCCUGGACGUUGGUUCGGUCGUUAUGGCCCACUUCACUGGCCUGCACGAUCCCCGGACUUGACGCCGCUGGACUUCUUCCUGUGGGGCUAUCUAAAGGACCAAGUCUACGAGACCGAGCCGGAGACCGUGGAGGAAUUGGUGGCUCGACUGCAUGCGGCCACUACCAAUGUCAGUGCUGAGAUGCUCCAACGAGUGAGGAUGGAUGUCCUUCGAAGGAUUCAUGCCUGCGUGGCUGCUGGAGGAGGCCAUUUCCAGCACCUGCCAGCAUGAGCUGCAUUCA